CGUGACCCGUUCUGCCGUUGGAUGAUGCCGGCGCGACGUGGCGACCCUUGGUUUGUUUACGUUUUAUUAUUCGGGUAGCUUCCAAAACGCUGGUGAGAAGAGUCGUCGCACUACCUUCAGCGGUAGAGGGAAGCACAUCGCGUUAAAAGGCUGCAAACAAUGACCAGGUGGAUAUCAGUAAUUCUGCUGAGUUCUGUUCUUUUGAUAUCUCAAUGUUCAGAAGAUUUCUACAAGCUUCUCAACAUAAGCAAGGAUGCAACCAGCAGAGAACUCAGGAAAGCUUUCAAAAAAGCUGCUCUAGAAACACAUCCUGAUAAAAACCAGGACGAUCCGGACGCGCACGACAAGUUCGUGCUGAUCAACCGGGCGUACGAGACGCUGAAGGACCCGGACCUGCGGAAGCGGUACGACCUGUACGGCGAGGAGGGGGCCGACAGCGGCGGCGGCGGUCGCGCCCAGUACCAGUCCUGGAGCUACUACCACGACAACUUCGGCAUCUACGACGACGACCCGGAGAUCGUCACGUUGGACCGCGCCGAGUUCGAGCAAGCAGUGCGCCAGUCGGCCGACACGUGGUUCAUCAACUUCUAUUCACCGGGCUGCGGCCACUGCCACGACCUGGCGCCGGUGUGGCGCCGCGUGGCACGCGAGCUCGAGAACGUGGUCCGAGUGGGGGCCGUCAACUGCGCCGAGGAGUGGUCCCUCUGCCGCCAAGAGAACAUCUUCUCCUACCCGUCGCUCGUGCUAUACCCGGACGGGGAGGACUACGAGGGCGAGCGGAACGUUGAGCACCUGGUGCACCACGUGCUGCGCCGGCUACACGCGGCGCCCAUCGACGUAGACGCCGAGAACGUGCGCCACUUGACCAAGCGCAGCGGCGUGCUGGCGAAGCGGCCCUGGCUGAUCUUCUUCUGCGGCGGCGGCGACCACAGCUGCGCCGACGACGACACGAAGGUCAAGGUGGCCGCCAUCAUGGAGGGCGUGGUGAACGUGGGCCAGACGGACUGCCGCGAGACGGCGCUCUGCUCCAGCCUGGCUCAGCAAGAGUACGUGGUGUACUACGGGGCGGCGGCGGUGGCGGCCGACCGGGGCCACGUCAUCCGCAGCCUGGACGCGCAGGAAAUCGCGGCCGAGACGCUCCGUCUGCUGCCGCCGCUGCCAACGCUCACGGAGGAGGAGUACCAGACAAUGCGGUCGGAGCUGGCGUCACCGGCGGCCGCCUCGCUGCCGUGGCUGGUGCAGUUCACGUCCGACCUGACCCCCACGCUGGAGCUGGUGCGCCUACCCGCCCUGCUGGCGCUCACGUCGUUCUCGCGGCUCGACUGCGGCGCGCUGCCGCACAGUCUGCGGGAGCUGCACGUGCGCAAGCAGCCCGCCUUCGUGCUGUUCAAGCCAGCCCGCGGCGGCGGCGCCGAGGGCGGCUACGAGGCGUUCCACGGCCGGCCGAUGGCGCACGAGGUGGCGGCGUUCGCGCGCGAGGCGGCCGCCGCCGGCCUGCGCGCGCUCACGCCCGACGAGUUCCCGGCGGCGCUGCGCGACGGGCGGCCGCGCGUGGUCGACUUCUUCGCGCCCUGGUGUCCGCCGUGUAUGCGGCUGAUGCCGGAGCUGAGGCGCGCCAGCACGCUCCGACCGGACGUGCCGUUCGGGUCGGUGGACUGCACGGUGCACGCGGAGCUGUGCUCGCGCUACAACAUCGACUCGUACCCGACGGUGAUCCUGUACAACGGCUCGGAGCCGCACCAGUACCGCGGCCGACACACCGCCGACGGCCUGCUCGCCUUCGUCAAGGACACCCUCAACCCAGCAGCGGUCCGUCUCGACGACGAGGCUUCCCUCGAGCGCGCCCGCCGCCGGCCGACCGGCCAGCUCUGGCUCAUCGACUUCUACGCCGGCUGGUGCCAGCCCUGCCGCCAGUUCGCGCCCGAGUACCGGCGCGCCGCCCGCCUCCUCCAGCCGCUCACAGAUGUCGUGGUCGCCAUGGUGGACUGUGCCGCGCACCAGGCGUUCUGCCGGGAGCAGGGCAUCAAAUCCUACCCCACCGUGCGCCUCUACGAACCCAAGACCGCCGGCCUGGAGCACUACAGCGUGUUCUCCGGAGCCCGCGAGGCCGAGACGCUGCGCGACUGGGCCGUCGGCUUCCUGCCCGACACCGUUCACGAGCUGACUGAGGCCGAGUUCCUGCCGCGCGUGCUGGACGGCGACGGGCCGUGGCUAAUCGACUUCUACACGCCCUGGUGCGGUCACUGCCACGCCUUCGCGCCCGUCUUCCAGCUCGUGGCUCAGUUUCUGGAGGGCGAGGUGCGCUGCGGCCGGCUCGACUGCCAGCGGUUCCCACGCACGUGCAGGGACGCCGGCGUGUCGGCCUACCCGACGGUGCGGCUGUACCCGGGCCGCGGCCGGCUCGACAUGGUCGGCACGCACGUGCGCAGCCAGGAGCCGGAGGACAUCGUGACAUUCGUGCGGCAGCGGCUGGCCGACGACCGGCGGCCGCGGGACGAGCUCUGACCGAGCUGGCCGCCGCGUGACGAGCUCUGACCGGGCCGGCGCGGCUUGGUCUGACGGGGUCUGGCCUGGACGAGCUCUGACCGAACUGGCCGCCGCAAGACGAGCUCUGACUAAGCCGGCCGCGGCGGGAAGAGUUCUGACCGGGCCGGCCUCCAGCUCAGCCCAGGUCGCUCAGAGUCAGUGACCGGUACCUGGUGCAGCGGCCACCCAACGCGGCGUAGGUGGCAUUGUGUUCAGUGUUCAGCGUUGUAUUUUUAUGCCACGUACUUGUGUGAGUCUACUAGGAAGUGUCUUUUGAGGGGUCCUAACGAGCGACUCAGCCACAGACAGCGGGGCCCCUGGUCUAUUCCCGGUUUUGGCGCGGCGUGCGCUGCUCACCGAUCUGGCAUCUAACCUGAGAUCAUCACUGGAUCUGCUUCCGGACUUGUAAUGUUCUGCAUGCUGUCUCCCAGCUCCGUAAGAUCUGACGUAUGACUCUCAAUUCGCGAGAUGUGUGUUAUUAGCUGCAGAACUGAGUGGGACGGGAAACUUUAACUCUCGAGCUUAACAUGGUGGGUGGUUUAGUCGGGCAACGUAAGCACACAGUUUGGCACAUCAUGAUGCUCUGUCCCUGGACUGAAGAGUACACGGAGUGUCCGGGGCCUAGCACGUUCUGGUGUCUGCAGCAGUGUUGGGCCAACCAGCUUGGUGCGGAAAGACUGGAAGUAUGUGGCAGCAGUGUCAAUCCCGUGCGUUGAACACUGCCGUAUCAUGGACGUGUCGUGCACUCUGCCGUCUGUGAUAUUAAUUGUAGUGGCGCACAACGUUGCUGCCGACUCCCAGCCUUUGAUGUAACAGGUAUUGGGACAAACACCAGGCGGUCACUCAACGUACCUAGCUUUCUUCGCUACUUAAGCACGGGCUCAAGCUGUUGUAUGGCCUUAACAUAUCCCCCUGCAUUGGGAAGACGUCGUGUUAUGUUUCGCCAUCCUCUUCAGCUCUACGUUGAAAUCUCAUCGUCCGGAACAUUCAGUCGCUGCGCUCGCAGUGUUCCGUCUGAGUCGUGGUAUUCAGAAGUGCAUACACCCCUCUGCUAGACAAUACCUGCAAGGUGACCUCCAUUUCCGUGCAGCGCGAUGUUUGUGUGACUUAUCAUGCAGCCAAACCUAAUGAUGUCAUUUGCACACUUUCCUGUCAUCAGUUUUUUAUCGCUUCAUUAGGUUUGCGGUGCUCGAACUGUAAUGACAUCGAUCAAGACCGAUAAUUUUACCGAAUUCGGUAAAGCGAGUUUCUGCCACAUGCAAACGCGGCGCUGUGAUGUGUGAUGUCGUUCGCUUCAGAAUGGAUUUGAUUACCUGACGCGUCACCUCCCGGAACUCUGUCGCGGACUCGAAAUCAAGAAUGUUGCGUUGAGGCGUUGGCGUCGAAGUUGCGAUGCCGUAAACCAGGUUGUUAGUGCGAUCAAAAACUUCUUUAGCGAAAUUGUUUUCGGCGGACCCGUCCGGUGCAAAGUUCAAGCAUACUCAUUCCGAAAAUAAGAGGUGUCGAUACCUGCUCGCUCGUCGACGAAAUACAAGUCAUUCC